AUGAGCUGAGCUGAGACACGUACACGCACGGCGCGCGGCGGGGAGAUAGAAGCCGCAGGUACCCGCACGUUAGUAAAGUUGGUUCUGCUGCAUGUCCCAGGACCCUCAGCUCAGAGAGCUUCUCAAUUUAUUUGGAUUCGCAGCUGGAGCGGCAGUCGUUCUUCUUUUGAAAUGUCUUCCACAAGUCCCCGAAAGGUUUGCAUCGUUGGCUCUGGCAACUGGGGUUCUGCCAUUGCCAGGAUUGUCGGCGUGAACGCCAAGGCCCAUGCCGACUUUGACAACACUGUCAACAUGUGGGUGUUUGAGGAGAUGAUAGAUGGCAAGAAACUGACUGAAAUCAUCAAUGAAACCCACGAGAAUGUCAAAUACCUCAAAGGCUACAAGAUCCCAGAAAAUGUUGUGGCAAUCCCAGAUGUGAAGAAAGCAGUUGAAGGGGCACAGAUCCUCAUCUUUGUUUUACCUCAUCAAUUUGUAGAAAGAAUCUGCUCGCAGAUCAAGGGCUGCGUUGACAAGGAUGCAAUGGCCAUCUCUUUGAUUAAGGGUAUGCUAAUUAAAGACAAGGGCCUUCAGCUGAUCACAGACGUCAUCAAAUCUCAUCUGAACAUCGAGGUGAACUGUCUGAUGGGUGCCAAUCUUGCUCCUGAGGUGGCCGCUGGGUACUUCUGUGAAACAACAAUUGGUUGUCGGGAUCCUGAAGUAGGCAAGGUGCUGAAGAGAUUGUUUCAGGCCGACUACUUCCGCAUUGUGGUCGUCGAGGAUGCCACCACCGUGGAGCUAUGCGGAGCUCUCAAGAAUAUUGUGGCAGUUGGGGCCGGCAUCAUUGACGGUCUCGGCUUGGGCGACAACACCAAGGCGGCCAUCAUCCGGCUGGGACUGAUGGAGAUGGUGGCCUUCUCCAAGGAAUUCUACCACAACACAGAAACGGCCACCUUCCUAGAGAGCUGCGGGGUGGCGGAUCUCAUCACCACAUGCUACGGGGGACGGAAUCGACGGGUAGCCGAGGCUUUUGUCAAAACUGGAAAGUCCAUUGAAGAGCUUGAAAAGGAGAUGCUGAAUGGGCAGAAACUACAAGGUCCUCAAACUGCCCAGGAGGUUCACGUGAUGCUGGAGAAUAAAAACAUGACAGCCAGUUACCCACUGUUCACAGCAAUCUACGACAUCUGCUUCAGUGAUCUCCCUGCCAAAAAUCUCAUCAGCUGUUUGAACAACCACCCGGUACACAUGUAAGUCAUGUGACCAUAACAGUCAUGUGACCACAGAGUAAGACGACCAUGCAGUCACAUGACCAGGACGUCACCACUGUUGCAGCGUGUUACCUUUGCGGCCGUGGGUACGUGGAUGCAUUGCACUGGACAAUGCUGUGAGAUGCAGCACGUGCACAUAUGUGGGAAUUGUUAAAGAUUUACGCUGAUCAUGUACUGGAGCUAUACUAUUACCACACCUCCUACUCUGACAUCUGAGCACAGCCGUGAAUAAUUUCUUUCAAUACGAGUAUUUUUACAUUUAGAAAUAACAUAGAUGGAUCCUGGCACUGAGCCACUCAUCUUAAAAUCUUGUUCACUAUUCACUCUCAUUUGUCUAACGACAAACUUGCUUCUAUAAUGUAGCUUAAUAACAACAUGAUUAAGGUCCCCCUAGAAUGGAGGCAUCACUAAUGCAGUCCAGUUUUCUAUGCAUUUCUUCAAAGUGCACCAGCAGUGUAGAUGUGUACAAAGCAGUUCGUACUGGAAGUGUUUUAGCAUGUUGAGAGAAGGGAAGGAUUGCGUGGACAUUUCUUUGGAGUCGUAGCGGAGCAGAGAGUUUUCUUAAAGUGUGUCUUAUUUUACUGAAAGAUUUCAGAGUUUUGUUCAUGCAACUCCAAAUGAUGUGAUGAUUUUGUUCAUAAAUUUGAUGUUGUUGACACUGCCCUUCCCAAGGUAAGUUCCUGGAAGCAAGCAGUGACAGUUCUUGUGGAAUGGACCUUUUAAUCAAACUCAAACGAGAAAAUUUAGUAGCUGCUGGUUGUUCAGAUUGUGACAAGCUCAAAACUUGUUGGACAACAUUUGUACCCCAAAUGCCUCAUUUGGUAUUUUUUAGGAAUUUAAUAGUUUUAGGUCUUGUAAAAUAGGUAAUUUUAAUUGUUUUGUUUUGGGAAAAAUGUUUUGCAAAUUAACCUUUUUUUAACUUGUGUUAACUCCUCUUUUUU